AUGUUUUCUCCUUUCAAACCUCUCCCCGAAGCCUUCUGGCCAACUAUCAAAAAGGCCAUCGACAAAGGCACAAACACCAAUUCUAAAAAUGAGGCUAUCACUCCUCAAUGCCCCAUCUGCAUGGAAAAUCUCCCGGUGAAAUCAUUCCCUACCGAAGCUGAGAUUGACGCUGAGGUCUUGCUCUGUGGUCAUGUUCUCUGCCAGCCAUGCCGUAAACAAUAUGAACAAAGCAACCCGAGAACCGAACGGUGCCCUGUGUGCCGCACGCCUCUCUACUGCCGUCGAUGCGAAGCGAUCGCUAUCCCCAUCACCAUUCCCAAGAACGGCGAAGGUGAAGGAUCCCGUCUUCCUAUAAUUCUUCCUGAGGGCACUCAGAGGGACUUAUGUCCUGAUUGUUUAGCUACUGUUGAGUUUCACAAGAACGUUGAGAAAGGUGAGUGGCCCGCUAAUCUAGAUGAUCUGGAGCCUGGGUUUGUCAGCCUUUUCUACCAUAUAGUUGACGAUAUUGAGAAGAAUGGCGAUGUUGCUACGGAAGGGAGAGUCUCAGAGGCGAUUGCCGACACCGUCUUACAGGAGUUUACGAAUAUGAUGACAAGUCGUCGCUGUGUUACGCUUCAGCGUGGGAAUGCGUUUCGACAGACGAAUGGAUGGUACGCUGAGAACAACGAAGAUCAGGAAAACUCUCGUAUGGGGGUUAUUGAACGCCAUCACAGCCCGGAACCACUCGCCCGGCAGCUCGAGCGGGAGCCCGUUGACAUCCCUCCUGGUGUUCAAUUCCGUCCUGCUGAGAGAAUUGUUAGAGCUUCAUUACAGAAUGGACAAUUUAUUCCGAUAUUUCCCAGAACUGCAGCAACACACACUGAUAAUACCCGCCAGGACUCUGAAUUGCAACAGUCUCCAUUUCAACGGGUUGGCCUACCGGCCUAUAUGCAUCAGAAUCGGAAUCUUGCAAAUCCCGCGCAGCCUGGCAUGGCCAAUGGGCCAUUUGAUAUCCAGGAUAGCACUGCACGUCCAAGUGCAGCAACACAGACAUCUGAAGCAGCUCAAGAUCAUGAUAUGCAGGGAGGAAACAUGGAGGAACCGUUGGAUGUAGAAUUCUGGCAGGAUGUUGUAUCCCAGCAGAGGAGGAACACUAUUGCGGCGACAGCUGGAAUGGCUACACCAGCUGGACCGAACGAUGUACGUCCCAGUGUAACUACAAAUACAAGAGCAGCAAGAGCAGCUCGAGAUCGUGAUAUGCAUGGAGGAAACAUGCAGGGACCGUGGGCUGGUGCAAGAGCUGCAAUGCCUACACCACCUCGACGUCGUUUUGUACGUCCCAAUGCAGUAACACAGACAUCUAGGCCAGCUGGACCUGGUAGCUUGCAGGAAGCGAUGGAUUAUGCGGAUGCGCACGAUGCUCUGGGAGAUAGACGGGACUAUCUGGUGAGAGCUUCAACGACUAGACGGGAGACGGGAGAGUCGUCCAGUCCGGCAUUUGGUGCCUCACAGACCUUGAGCUCCAUGGUUUUGGAGGAUGGCGACGAGGAGAUGUUGUCAACUGAUCAGCCCGCUUCUGAGCGCUGA